AUGAAGGGAAUUUGGAAGAAUGAUUCGGAGGCGAGUGACGGAAUUUUACUCUAUUUCCAUGGAAACUCUGACAAUUGCUAUUCGUAUCUUUAUAUGGCCGAUGCUUUUUGCAAACACUUGGACGUCUCUCAUGUUUUUAUUUCAGAUUAUCGAAGUUUUGGCGAAAGUAACACUUUCUUACGCCCUUCAGAUAAGCAAAUAGAAGUGGACGCAGAAGCUGCUUUCUCGCAUGCUAUGGACAAAAGAAAAGAUUUCAACCUUCAGGAUUGCCCCAUUUAUCUGUAUGGGCAUUCUCUUGGAGCAUAUCCAGCUCUUUAUUUGGCUUCAAAACACCCUGAAAUUACAUCUGUCACCAUUGCGAAUCCAUUUUAUAACCUUCGAUCUUUAGUAUACACUGCGGCUCCUUUUUUGCUGAAGUGGAGCUUUUUA